GGUGUAAAGAGGAAGGAAGCAGGUUUGAAAACCAGAGACGGCUGCAAAACACACACACUGACUGGACAGCAAGCAAGCCAGCAAAGACACGAGGAAGGUCGCAAACGUUUCUUUUUCUCUGUUUUUGAGAGAAAUCAUCUCCUUUUAUGUAACCGAAAGCUCUCUGGAGGUGCUUCAUUCGGGGCCAUAAAUCUAUUUUCAGUCUGAACCGUGCUCCUCUUAAACACUCCGAGAACACAGAGUGAAAACCUCCGCGGUCCUGUUCGCCUCAUCUUUCCAUUGCACCAGCAGGUGUUAUGGAUCCGCAGUGUCUCCAACACUGGAACGUUUUGCCACUUCUUCUGUUGUUGCCAGGUGGAUUUUGGUGUAUGUCAGUUCACAUCCUGAAUGAGCAGCCUGUCCACGUAAUCCCAGGCUCCAAGCUGGUUCUCACAGCUCGGAUUGAGAAGAAUCUCAGGGAAGAGAUCUCCACGAUAACAUGGACACGGGAGCCUGAAACCGGACAUGAUCGGACCAAAGUGACGCUGGCUACGUGUCCUGCCAAAAGCCCAAAGUGUUCUGGUGGAAAUCCAGAUGUGCAAGUGAGUUUGAAGCAGCAGGAGACGACACUUGAGAUGAACAGAUACAGCACAGACGACAGGGGAGAGUACUCUGUGACUGUGACGGAUCGCUCAGGAGCCAAUACCACCGGACGCUGUAUCGUCAGGGAUUACGAGGCAGUUCAUCAUGUCUCCGUCAGCAUCAACGUGUCUUACUCCUUGCUGGUUUGCCGCGAGGCGUGGGGGACAGACCCCAGCUUUAGCUGGCUGCACGAGAGAGCUGCCGUCACCCAGCAGGUGGGAAAAGUCUCCAAGGAUGGACACAUGCUGAUUGUAACCAUGACUCCCCUUUGUGGUCACUUCACCUGCAUGGUUGGCAACAAGUUGGGAUACAGCUCUGGCACAUACGCUGCAGCACCUUGUGAAAGCGAGGGCAGAGGGACGACGGCGGCUGUGGUUUGUCUUGUCCUCCUGCUGAUGGUGUGUGGAGGAGUGCUGGCGUUUCUCUUGUGGAGGAGGCGCAGGGAGAAUAACAUGGGAGAGAGGUUGUACGAACACACAGACGACACAAUCUAAAAAAGAUCAGAGCUGUUGCUAAAAAGUCUCAGAGGAGAACAGUGGACGGGGCCGCACAACCAGGGUGGAAACUUCCUGUCCUGUGAGCAGUAUGACCUCACGAUGCACGGAAACAAUGUGGAGAGUGAACUGCUUCCAGACAAAUAUAGAAAAUACCUACACGUGGAUAUUCGGCUCAAAGAGCCUCCUGCUCUGCCUGAAAAUGUUUUUUGUUUAAGCGAUGUUUAAUUUGAUUAUGUUUUGUUGUCAGUAAAUUGCAUAAAAAUGUAUUACAUGAAGUUUAACGAAAAUUUAAGUCUGAAAGAAUGGGAUGCUUGGAUAUUCAUAUGUGCUUACGUGAGAUUUCCUCUCAUUUGCUUUCAUUUCCAGGGUUCACUAUUCAGCUUACAUGCACACACAUUUAGAGCUAAGCAGCAAAAGCAAUUGAAAAAGACUUGAUUAAAAGCAGAUUCAGCUCUAGGUCGGGUUCCUACACAUUUAUGCAAAGUCUGGAGAAGUCGGGAAAUUGAUUUGAUCUUUUUUUAAGUCUAGAUAACUAUGAAAAAGUAGUUACAUUUAAACGCUUAUUGCGUUUUCUAAGAGAUGAAAAUGUAUUUUGUAAAAUGAAGUGCUUUUUAGAAUAAAUUGUCCACAGCACAGGGCAGAGGGGCAGGAAGAGAUUCAAAAUCAAAGCAAAUCGACACAAAGGAUCAGAGUAAAGGAUCACAAAUUGCUUCAAAGAAACUGUGUGUCUGCGUGUGUGUGUCUACGUGUGUGCGUGUGUGUGCGUGCGUGUGUGUGUGUUACAGAUUUAAAAUGUUAAGACUAGAUGCCUAAAAAAGCUGUAAAAUAGCCCUUUACUAGGACUCCAACAUGUGUUGUGUUGUUUAAGAUUUGUGGAAUCUGAGGUAAAUGUUUUGUCCUCAAACAUCUCAAAUGUUUUUUGUUUGUUUGUUUCUUUUCUUUUCUUUUUUAUAAUUUCAAAAAAUGUUGAUAUCUGAGUCUGGAAAAGUGUGAAAAUUUCAAAAUGGAACAUUUUUAGAAAUCUUAACAAAUGUUAAUUUGGGGUCACCAUCUACCACUGCACCACUGACCUCACUUUUAAAGCAUCCAUGCUUGAUUUAGUUUUUUGAUCUGUUUUACAUUUUAUAUUCCACAUCAGGGGCUGGGUUGGACACUGUUUUCACGAGCAACCAUAAAAAACGGAUCCCUGAUAUGUUCAUAAGCUGAGUAUGUAAAGCAUUAUCUCUAUUCAGACUUAAUUAAAUCAAUCAUGACUCAGUCAA